AUGUCCGAUACAUACAGCGAGUACUCCCUGGUAACCCCAGUCGAUCCGGCCAUGGGAAGUCCGGGUCUCGCAUGCCUGUCCCAUUUAAAGGAAUGUACUUUGCCGUCCAUUGACCCAAACUCAACAUCUGCUGCAGCUGAGACCAUGAUUCGAACUCUUGCCAUUCGAAAGGCCGCCGGGCCCACCCGAGCCUUUCCUCAGGGACUGGCACGGAUAUUCGCUAGUCCUAGCAGCACGGGCGUUCCAACGCGCCAGCUGGUCAAUGGCCGGCAGAGAACCAUGGGUGGAAAAUCGUUCCAUACUAUUCCAGCGAGACUUCAGGCAACUUCACAAUCCAACAAGCAACGCAAAGCCGAUACACCAGCCGAUAUUCUCUACUCUGUUACAGAAGCACCCGUCGCAGGAAGCGGAACAGUGGCCAAUGUCACCAUCUCAAACCCGAAACGCCUGAAUAGUAUGGACAGAGACAUGGUCAAGAAGCUCACCUCGACGCUCCGACAGCUAUCCCAACAGCCUGAUAUACGGUGUCUCGUGGUCCAAGGUGCCACAACUACCACGAAAAGCCCGUCCUUCACAUCGGGUGCGAACAUCUUCCAAAUGGCCAAUAUCAGUUCCUAUGAAGAAGCGGAGGAUUUCAUCUCCGGACUUCACGAGGCCUGCCAGGCCAUGCGUGACAUACCUGUUCCGACAAUUGCAAAGAUCAAUGGCCUAUGUCUCGGGGGAGGUCUGGAAUUUGCUGCUGCGUGUGACUUUCGUUACGCAACUCGGACAUCGACCUUCAGCAUGCCAGAAACAAAGUUUGGAAUUCCGUCCGUUAUCGAAGCGCGUCUCUUAGCAAACCUCAUUGGCUGGCAGAAAGCAAAGGAGAUGGUUUAUUUUGCAAGGUUCUAUAGUGCUGAAGAUGUCGAGCCUUGGGGUCUGGUGGAUAAGAGCUGCAAGGACGUGCAGGAGUUAGAAGAGGUGGUUCAUGAGGCAGUCACCACGAUCUCUUCUUUUGGACCAAAGGCUAUGAGGGAGCAGAAAGCACUGUGCCAAAUCUGGGAGGAAAGUGACCUGGCGUCUGGUAUUGAAGCUGGUAUCCAUGCCUAUGCGAGGAUGUUCCAGGAUGGGGGCUCAGAGCCGAAGCACUACAUGAAAGCGUUCACCGAGAGGAAACAGUAA